AUGGGAGUGAUGCGGCCACAAGCCACGGAACACCUGGAGCCAACGGAAACUACAAGAGCCAAGGCCGAAAAGCCCGACCUGGGGCCGUGGACGCCGCGCUGGACCCGGCCUGGCAGAGCCUGGGGAGGGGACGCGGUGCUGGCCGCCACCCUGCCCACCCUCCCGCCACCCGGCCGGGCUCCUCCAGCUGCAGCGUUCACAGUGCAGCUCUGCUUGUCCCUUGAAAGUGGCCGCCUGGCCUCCAAGCACACGGAGAGGAACGGCAUCGCAGGCUUGGCCGUGUCCUUCUCAUCAGCAGUUAUUAACAGAGAAUUGGAAAAGAUUUCCAGCAACAGCAUCUCCGUCUUCACCACCUUCGUCAUCAUCUUCACCACCGCCGCUGCUGUCGUCACAGUUCCAGCUCAUCCUGAGCACCUCUUGUGUAUUCUGGAGAUCACGGCGGUGGAGGUGGGCAUUGUGGCCAUCAAGGGGCUCUUCUCUGGGCGGUACCUGGCCAUGAACAACAGGGGACAGCUCUAUGCUUCGGAGCGCUACAACGCUGAGUGCGAGUUCGUGGAGCGGAUCCACGAGCUGGGCUACAACACCUACGCGUCCCGGCUGUACCGCACGGCGCCCGGUGGCUCCGGGCCGCGCCGCCACCCCGGCGCCGAGAGACUGUGGUACGUGUCCGUCAACGGCAAGGGCCUGCCCCGCCCCCCCUUCGAUACCCUCCCUCCGAAGUGA